CCAUGUUUUUGUCCAGAUUCAUAUAAAAAACGAUGUUUUUAUUCACAGUAAAAACAACAUUUUUAUUGAAGUCUUGAACUGCCUCUCUAAAAAAAAACUUGAAGACUUGAACUCAAUUUAUAUUUCUUUGUUAACCAGCUAUCAUCAUAACUUUGAAACUGUAACUGCAUCACGGCGAGGUUUGUCUACAGUCGACUUCAAAUCUGUCACCGACGGAUAAAAAAAAUUGUAUCUUUUUGUCAAUUCUGCGCGAACGGUACGAAAUUUGUAAAUCAGUUUUCAGCUGUUCCAUUUUGGGCCGGUUUCAUUCAUGGAAGUCUGAAACGCCGGGCCCAAUAGUCUGUCUGUGAAGUGAAUGAAACGCAGGCUGCUGCGGCUGCCUGCCAAGCCUUUUUUUCUAUCCACCUUCUUUGACCGCCAUUCCUCUCGUCAAACAGCAUUUCCACCCAUUUCCUCCAUCUUAAAAAGCCCAGCCUCUCUCUUCACAUCGGCAACUGUACAGGACGUGGGCGUCCACGAGACCACGACCACGACCACGACACGGACCCGAGCCAUCACAGAAAGCAAGCAGCCAUGCCACUGCACGCCACGAGCCCCGCCGGCGUGCUCGCGUACGCCGCCCUCGCGCUCGCGGCGCUGCGGCUGCUGCUGUCCUACAAGUCGGCGCUCUACGCGCUGCGCCGCCUGUGGCGGUGCGCCGACGAGUGGGCGCAGGCGUACCAGUACCACGAGGUGCCGCGCUUCGCCGGGGCUGGGUGCGACGGCGCCGAGAACCCGCUGUUCCGCAAGGCCGCCGCUUACGUGGCGGCGCUGCCGUCGCUGGAGGACGCGGACGCCGCGUGCGUGGUGUCCUCGGCGUCCCGGACCAACGGCGGGCUCUCCCUGCAGCUCGGCCCGGGCCACACCGCGCGGGACGCGUUCCUCGGUGCGCGCCUGUCGUGGACCAGCGCGGGCGGCGGACCCGAGCGCCUGGUGCUGCGGGUGCGCCGCCACGACCGCUCCCGCGUGCUAAGACCUUACCUGCAGCACGUGGAGUCCGUGGCCGACGAGAUGGAGCAGCGCCGCCGCGAGCUGCGGCUCUUCGCCAACGCCGGCACCGACGCGGACACAGGCGCGCCGCGCUGGGCGUCGGCGCCCUUCACCCACCCGGCCACGCUCGACGACGUAGCCAUGGACCCGGACCUCAAGGCCCGCGUCCGCGCCGACCUCGAGAGCUUCCUCAAGGGCCGCGCCUACUACCACCGCCUCGGCCGCGUCUGGCGCCGGAGCUACCUCCUCUACGGCCCGCCGGGCACCGGCAAGUCCACGUUCGCGGCGGCCAUGGCCAGGUUCCUGGGCUACGACGUCUACGACGUCGACCUGUCCCGCGCCGUCGCCUCCGGCGACGACCUCCGCGCGCUGCUCCUGCACACCACCCCGCGCUCGCUCGUCCUCGUCGAGGACCUGGACCGGUACCUGCAGGGCGGGGGCGGGGACGGGGAGGCACGCGCGGCCAGGGUGCUGAGCUUCAUGGACGGCGUCGCGUCGUGCUGCGGCGAGGAGCGCGUCAUGGUGUUCACCAUGCGCGGGGGCAAGGACGCCGUCGACGCCGCGGUGCUGCGCCCCGGCCGGCUGGACGUGCACAUCCAGUUCACGCUCUGCGACUUCGAGGCGUUCAAGGCGCUGGCCAGCAACUACCUUGGGCUCAAGGACCACAAGCUGUACCCGCAGGUGGAAGAGGGGUUCCACGCCGCCGGCGCCCGCCUCAGCCCCGCCGAGCUCGGCGAGAUCAUGCUGGCCAACCGCGCGUCCCCGAGCCGCGCGCUCCGCAGCGUGAUCACCAAGCUCCAGCACGUCGCGUCCGGGGGCGGCGCGGCGCCGCGGUACCCGUCGCACAGGCGGAACACGAGCUGGUCCGGCGGCGGGCACCAGUGGGAGGACCAGGCCCAGUCGGCGCGCGCCAGCGCGGACUCCGCGCUGGCCGACGACGAGACGGCCGCCGGGGCCCCGCCGACGUGCGGGGUGUUCGGCAAGGAGGCGCCGAUGAGGGAGUUCAAGAAGCUGUACGGGCUGAUCAAGAUCAGGAGCCGGAGGGAGGGGUCGGGCGUCGUGCCACAGGAAGGCGACGCGCACGGGCCGCCGACGCCGGGCAACCACGACAGGGACCGGUGAACGUUGUGGAUGGUAGAAUUGUAGUGGCCAGCAAAAAGAAAGCUUUUUUAUUUCCUUUUUUUCUUGUUAUUAUUACAGUUUGUUGUUACACUA